GCAGAGACCUCCACCGGUCGUCCCCCCGCACAGCUAGCACCACGGCGACCCCAAGCAGCGACAUGGAGGCGGCUACGGUGCCCAGAGACGCCGCUAGUCGCUCGUGUAAGACGCCUGCAGGUCCCGAGGACGCGCCCGAGAUCGUAGGCGAACCUGUGACCCUCGAGGAGCUUGUGCCUAAGAGCAAACAACAGGCCGCAGCGAAGAAGGAGAAGGAGAACAACGAAGCCGAGCAGGAGGAACAAGUAGAGACCACAGAAACAGACGCAUCAGCGGAGAGCGUGGAGCCUGUCGAGAAGACGACAGAGAAGUAUGACGACGCGAACGAAAAUGGCGACAGUACCGGUAACCCGGAGGACAUGGAGGUUAUGAUGGAGCUGGCGGUUUACGAUGACGACGACGACGAGGAGGACGACGAGUUCCACGAGGCCAUGGAGGACGGCGUGGACUUGUUAGAUGAGGACGCCGUGAAGCCUUCAGUGCCUCAAACAAUGAGUUUCUCGGUCAACGAGAUGGAAGUGAUCACGAACCGUGGAGGACGCACUGGCAGUCUGUCCAAGUUCCUGGAUGACGCUGACACGUACCGUCGCCGGUCUCUCCCGUCGUAUCCAGAGGACCAAUUGUUCGCUAGCUCCAUGAGCCAGAAGAAAAUGACUCUGCCAGCCUUCCUGGACAUGCAGAUCGACCCAGUUCUGGAGAUUCUAGAGGAUACCGACUCCGAUAUCCGCUUGUGGCUUAUGCAGCCCGAGACAGUAAAGGAAGUGCUCGCAGAGUUCGUCACGCCACCCGUACUUAGUGGGGAACCGCAUGAAGAGUACGGCUACUACAAGAAACACUUUUUAUGCUCCGAGAUCAUCAUGAAACUGUACACAGGCGAGGAAGAUCUGUACGAAUCCUUCUCUUCCGACUCCAGUUCGGGCUCCGCGGCGUCGACUGCGGUCUUUGGGUGCCAGGAGCCAGAAGAUAUCGCCAAAUGGGAGCAACUCUACUCGAUCUUCAAGAACCCCAUCCCAUUGGAUGAAAUGCAGCUACUCUUCUUCAGUAAGGCGCUUGUGCGUCUUCACGACGGCUUCUGCUUGGAAGAAGGAUACGUCAACAACGUACUUAAGCGGUUCUUACCUUUGGUCAUCCCGCACUUGUACUCGAACACGAUCAAGUACAUGCUCACGCUCGUUCUACAGAGCUACGAGAGCGUCCACCCAAUCACAGGACGCAACGACGCCAUGGAGAUCGCGGCACGGCUGCUGGCCGAGGCGACCCGCGUAGAUCCCUCUAAGCCGGAGAACCUCCCUCUAGUAGAGAACACGACCAAUCUGCUCGUCGACAUGCUCCAAGCCAACCAAGCAGACAGGUUAGGGGCCUUCAGUCGACGCGAAGGAGGCGUCUACUUGUCCAAAUACUUUGUUCGCGAUCAGUUCGGCACCAUUCGCGGCUUUGAGUCGAUGACGCAUGGCUACCACAACUUUUUGCAGUAUAUGCUGCUGGAGGAGAUGUCCAAGCAGCCAGUGAUCGUCGAGGCGAUCUUUAAGAACGCCUCGGACGAGCUCGCAAUUAUCCGCGACAAGAAGUUGACGGAGGUCUCGAGUGCGCUGAACAUCCACGUGGCUGCUGAGCUGCUCGUGCUGUGCCAGAAACUGCUGAGCGAGAGCGCAGAGAGCGACGAAGACAAUCAGACGCCGGUGAUGGAAGCGCAGAACACGCAGAUGUUCGGAUACUCGAGUUUCCAGGCCGAGCACUACCCGAACUCGCCCCACGAUGGCUCUAGCGAGACGUCCAUGUACAACUUGACGUCUCUGCCGCGUGGCCAUGCGCUGUGGACGUCUGUGCUCGGUGAAGCGCGAAGAACUUGCGGCUCGUUUGUGGCGCAGCUGGACAGCGGUCUGCCGUCGUCUGUGGAGAUCUCAUUAGCUAAAUAUCUGAACAACCUGGUGCUGCUGAACGACCCGAGUCUGGACGAGGAGUUGCACAAGAACGGAUUGAUCCAGGCCUAUCUGUCGAUUCUGGAGAAGAGGUCGUCGUUCGACAUGCUCAUGAUCCACGUGGUGCCUGCCAUCUCGUUCAUUCUGCGGGAUGCCGACGCCUCGAGGGCGAAAAACUGUCCGCUGACGAAGGAUUUGUUCGGCGUGGACGUCAAAGUGCCGGAGAACAUCAUCAGUCUGUUGCUGCGAGCCAAGGUGGACAUCGCAUCGCUGGAUAUCUACGCGGCUAUUCUCCACGACGUGAUCGACGAGGUGUUCACGAGCAAGGCGCCGUCCCAGAACAACGCGCAGGUUGUGUUCCAUUGCAAGCGCAACCCCGCGUGGGCCAAGCUGUCAGAGAAGACGAGGUUCAGUAGUGGAUCGGAGAACUCGGCGCGUGGCUCGGAUGAGAGGAGGAGCUCCGUGGGUGAACAGGCCUCAAGCAGCGAGCGAGGCUCAGCUGUGGAGUCUGCGAGUGUCGAAGAAGCGUCAACUGCCGAGUCAUUGCUACAGGAGGAACCGGAAGCAUCGUCUGAAGAGCUAGAAGCAGCAUCGGAGGAAGGCAGAAGCUCUGUUAGUGAGAAGGAAGCCCCGUCGUCUGAGUUGGAGUCAUCUGAGACGACAGACGAGAAGGAAGAGGCCUCUCAGGACGCCACACAGACAACUCCGCCUGUUGUCGUCUCUGAGUCCGACACGAAGUCUGCUUCUCCGUCUCCUACGUCCAAGGAGGACUCGCCGAUGAAGUCUCCGAAAGAAAAGACGGAAACGAACAGGAACAGCGAAGCGGACGGCUCGCGCAAGUCAAAUUACUUCAAGAACGUCCUUCAGUCUCCUGUCUUCAAGUCGCCCAUGCGUCUAGGCUCGGUGAUUAAACCCCCCGUCGCUCCGCCAGCUCAAGACUCGAGCUCUUCGCAGUCGAAUGGAGACAGCAACCAACGCAACUCGUUCGGCUGGAAUAGCGUCUUCAAACGGCUACGGAAGUCGCUGGUGACAACGCAUAAUGACAAGGUGGACAAGAAGGUCUUGGCCCUGAGUAACGAGGCCUACGCGUCUCCCAACGUGGCUCCUCGACAGACCGAUGUCUUCGUUGUAGACACGUCGCGGGGCGACGACAUCACCAUAUUCGUGAACCGUGACGCGGGAGUGCUCGUCACUGACGUCCCUGCAGCGUCGUCCAAGUCGUCCGAGUCCUCUAUGAACGUCAUUACAGCGGGGUAUAUGUACAAGAACAAAUACCCCGAGACCGGCCACAAGAACGUGUGGGAGCGCUACUACUUCGUGCUCAACCGCUCGGACGGUUCCUUGAGCUACUACAUCAGUGAGGCUCAUGCCAAGGACCGCACGUUCCUCCGCGGCACGUCACGUCCGCUAACGGUGUCGGAGGGCCUUUCAAUGCACGUACACGGCCAACACAGUGUCUUCGGCUUCCAGAUCAACACACAGGGACACGGCGCGUUUAUGGUGUUGGUGGACUCGAUCGACACGCGUCUCACGUGGCUCACGGAGAUUUUAGUCUGCGUGUCGAAUGCCAACCCGUCGCCCCCGCUGCCGAAGCAGCGACUGUCGCUAGUGCCUGACGAUGCACCGAAGCAGCGGCUGUCAGCCACGACAAGCUCCAUCUCGUCGCUGAAGUGCAGCAAGGAGGAGAUGAGAGAGCUGGUAGUGGAAUUCUACCGCAAUUUGUUCGGCCCGAACCUGAAAUUCUCGUCGCCGUUGGACGCGCCGGCGUCAUUUUGGAUGGAAGAGAAGAUCGAGCCCGUGUCGGACGGCUGCGUCUUGAGCUCGAAUCUUCCGGACUGCGUGCCCUACUGGGGCGAGUUCCACGGCUACAAGCGACUGUGCGACUACUGGAAGAUUCGGGACGAGACGGUGGAGCGCAGUAGCGGCCGUGUGCUGCGUAUCCUGGUGGACGAGGACGAGGAGACGGCUGUGGUGAUGACGUCCACAACGUUCCGAAUCCUGCGCAAUAGCGAGAUCGUGACGGAGGAGUCGUGCGAUAUCGUGAGUGUGAGCGGCGGCAGUAUCGUGAGCAUCCACUGCACUUUCGACUCGCAUCGCAUCGCCCAAGCCUUCAAAAAGGAGGGGAUCAGCGCGUCGUAGGCGUCUUGGACGGUUCGUUAUGUUCGUGAUAUGCGUGCAAGUGCGUGUACGUGUUUUGGAGCAGAAGCGCUGAUGCUGUUACCCGCCUGGACUGAGGAGGAAGCAGCAGAGCUGUGAAUGAAUCGAUGACGACAAAGGUGGCGAAAGAGCAGAAGACUGACAAGGCCAAGCUUACAGCUCGUGCUACCACAUGUAGAGACCUAGAGCAAGAGAGCAGACAGAGAACUAUGUUGUAUCGGGCGCCACGAAAGACGGCAGCCCAUUUUCCUUUUUACUACUACCCCCAUAUUAUCAUUUCUCGAGCUGAGCAAUA